AUGUUUUGUAGUGUGAUUAUCAAAAGCAUGGCCGCUGUCAUUUGACUUUUAACACGGUUAUCAAGUUUUAAUCAUGGUUUUUCUGACACCAUUGAAUCUCAUCAGGUCAAGAGGUCCGGAUAAAGGAUGGAGAAAAAGGAUGUAUUUAAGGAUGUCAUGGAGUUACUAUGGAAGGAAGAGGCAAUGUUUUUCCAUUGCUGUACGGUCUGUGAGGAAAGCCAUGAUGUAUUCAACAAACGCAAGAUAUGAAAAAAGAAAAACAAUGAGCAAACUAUGGAGGCUGAGGAUAGGAGCUGCAUGUACAGAACAUAACCUUGAUUACUACACCUUUAUGACAACAUUGGCUGAGUCCAAUAUAGCACUCAACAGAAAAGUAUUAGCAGACCUUGCCAUUUACGAACCUAGGACAUUUCAGAGUCUCACAGUUUAUGUAAAACAAAGACUAGAAGAAAUGGGAUUAGAAGAUGCUGUGAAGCCUCCACCAAAAGGUGUAAUGACGCGGGCCAUGCUGAAGGUCCCAACAUUUAGUACCUAGCUAGUAUCUCGUAGUGUGUCUGUGUUAAUAACAAUGAAAACAAUUAUGUUGAAAAUGUUACAUGAUCAUUGAGAAUGUGUGAAAUGCAGCAUGAUCAUCUCAACUUCAGGAACUAAAUACCAUACAGCAUCUGGUCCACACCGCUAACAGUCAGGAUAUUAGUAGUUCCAAUUUUAAUAUGUUCUGGUUAAUAUUAGAAGGCCCCAUUGUAUCAUCAUCUUCCUAUGAUUAUGGGAAAAUAUAAAAAAAAAAACAAGAUACAUUGUAGCACCAUUCAUUUGUGUUUUGUAUGGAUUAACCUCUAUAAUAUAACCUUUAACAAAAAAUAAGCUGUAUCUGAGAAAGAUGGUAGUUCAUUUUCAUUAUCAUGUACAAUUUGAAUUGAAUUGUUUUGUGAAUGAAUUUAGAUAUGAAAUAUAUUGCCAAAUGAAAAUGCGAUGAGAGUGACAUUUAAAUGUCAGUGUAUUCCCUGAAACUGUUGAGGGAAAUUUGAUUUGUUUUAUCACUACAUUAUCAUUUCUGUAUUGGCACAGAUUCAGACUUGUCAGAUUGUUACAGAUCACAUCAUGUGGUGUUUUGAGAUAUGUACAACAAGACAAGAAUAUUGAACAUAAAAUGUACAUCCUAAUUAUUUUCAUUUUGAGGUAAAAUAUAGAAGAUUUUGUAUGAACGAGAGGGACAUCCAUUGUAUGUCUAUGUUAGUGUUAAUGUGAUGUAUGUUAUGAUGUUAUAUAUAAAUUAGAUAUAUAUAUAUCAUGAUGAUAGGACUCCUAACAGGAGUAUUGUGUCUGUGUGAGAUGUAUGUAACAAUUAAAUUAAUACUUGUGUGAUA